CAAUUUCUAUUUUUCAGACUGUGUUUGUGAUAACACAUAUACAGAUGUCUCAUGCAGAUCCUUGUUCGGCAACAUUCAACCUGACCACCCCUCCUCGUCCGAAAAAGGGUAUCUGUACCCCUAUGUGUCCACCCACGACUUCACAGAAUCAAUUUGUCUGUCUGGUGUCCAUCCGGUACAACGUGUCGACUCAUGCAGAAGCUCUGCACAUGGCGUCAGUGUCCUGUCAUAUAUCCAGUAUGCGGUCUGUCUAGUGUGAGGAUCAAGACGUGUGGUCCUGGGUCCGGACCCGUGCUCGACAGUAAUGGGAUAGAAAUGUUCUGUGGUCGAGGUUCAACUCGCUACGCGUGUCCAGGGAACACCCGGUGUAAGACUGAUCCUUCUGGAAGGUUCGCCGUCUGCUGCUGGGCAGAAAGGAAGGCUGUCACUAAACCAGGAGGUUGUCCGAAACCGAGGCCAGGCUUUGAUUUCUGCUGGGCACGAUGUUCAAACGACGGCGACUGCCCAGGACCACUUAAGUGUUGUGGUCGUUGUGUCCGUGAGUGCACAACCCCAGUGUUCAAACAAAAAGGAGGAACAUGUCCUAUAACAAGGUCAUUUGGCAGUAAAUGCAUAGACUACUGUCAGCACGACUACAAUUGUCCAGGAAACCAAAAGUGUUGUGGGAGGUGUCCCCGUGUCUGUAAGCUCCCUAUGUCGAACUCAAAGCCAGGGAAGUGCGAUUAUGCAAUUAUUGAAUUCUGCAGCAACCUUAACCCCAAUGGUUGGUGCACCACGGAUUCUCAGUGCAGGGGAAAUCAGAAGUGUUGCCCAACGAAUUGCGGUGGACGUUGUUCCGACCCCUUCAUUAAAUGGUGAUAUCAGCAAAGGCUACCUGCCAAUUCAAAUUAGACUAACUUUAACCUUUACCGUAUUAGAUGUUGCUUGAUUCUUCUUUUAUAGUGGAUUGGGUGGGGAUGGGAAGUGAGGUGAGUGCGUUAGAUAUUUUAACUAACUGAAGGGUAGUUCUAUAUUUUGUUAAAGCAUACAGUCGAUUAUAAUAAAGAUUCAGACAGCACCAUGUUGUUGUUUGUGGUUGUGGUGGGUGAGUUUU